AUGGAGACCCUCCACUCCAUUCUAGAAGCUCUGCAAUUGGACCAGUACCUCACUUCCCUGGAUCUGAAGGAGGCUUACCUCCACAUACCCAUCCAUCAUUCUCACCGCAGAUUUCUUCGGUUCUGUUACAGUGGCCUACACUAUCAGUUCAGGGCCCUCCCCUUCGGGCUGACCUCCGCUCCCCGCGUCUUUUCCAAAAUUCUGGUGACGCUGGUAGCGCUGCUUCGCCAGGAGGGGAUAACGGUGUUUCCGUAUCUCGACGAUCUCUUGAUCAGUUCAGAGUCCAAAGAACAGUCGCUCUCUCACACCUCCAGGGUGAUCCAUGUUUUGACUUCACACGGCUUUCUGGUGAACCUGGAAAAAAGCCAUCUUACUCCUUCACAAAGGUUGGAACAUCUGGGUGUCAUAAUAGACACACACAACAACCUGGUGAUUCUACCCCAGGACAAAAUAACCAAAAUCCAAACUAUGGUCAAGUCUACCGUUUGCUCCACUCGGGGCAGGAUCAUGAACCUAGCCAAAUUAUUGGGAAAAAUGGUGGCCUGUAUAAUUUCUGUUCCAUGGGCCAGAUUCCACUCAAGGGAUCUCCAGAUGCUACUGCGUCCAUACCAGGAUCUCAUUACGCAGAGCAGGGACAGAGUAAUUCCUCUGCCACUGGCCUUCCGACAGUCCCUGACAUGGUGGCUCAAGCGCAGCAACCUCUGCAAGGGUCUGCAUUUCAUAGUAGAGGAUCAAGUUCAGAUCUUCACAGAUGCCAGCCUGGAGGGAUGGGGGGCGACAUGUCACUCUCUUGUAGCACAGGGGUCCUGGUCCGAAAAGGAGAGGAAGCUCCACAUAAACAGACUGGAGCUGAGGGCCAUACAUUUAGCGUUGCUCCAUUUCCAUCACACCAUUCGACACAAACACGUCUUGGUCCGGACGGACAACAUCUCGGCCAAGGCGUAUGUAAACAAACAGGGGGGCUCGAGGUCUCCAGGUCUCCACAAAGAGGCAAAAGGGAUUCUCCUUUGGGCGGAGUCAAAUCUCUUAUCUCUCUCCGCAGAACAUAUCAGUGGAGUUCUCAAUUCGCAGGCCGAUUGGCUGAGCCGACAAGUCCUAGACGAAGGGGAAUGGUCCCUCGACGACUCCAUCUUCAGUCUGAUUCAGGAGAGGUUCGGGCAGCCCAAGGUGGAUCUCUUUGCCUCGGGGAGCAACCAUCUUCUCCCCAGGUUCUUUACUCGGUACUUUCAUCGGGAAGCAGAGGACAUGGAUGCCCUGCUGGCUCCCUGGCCACGGGAGCUCCUAUUUGCAUUCCCUCCAAUCCCCAUUAUUCCGAGAGUGUUACGGAAAAUCAGGAAGGAGAGAGCCACGAAAUGUCAUCUGUUUCUUCCUCUUUCUGCAGCUUCCGACAUGGCAAAUGACAGCCCAGAAGAACUGCUGGCAGAGCAGUCGCCAGAGACUGAGCAUCCCAUAUAUGAAGAAGUGAAAUGGUUCGACAAAACAGAGCAGAACCAGCGGAUGGCUGUGGAAGAGCUCAUCAGUACGGAAACUAGCUAUGUGCACAUCCUCCACCUCUGCAUUUCAGACAUACACGACCAUCUCCAGAAAAAGCAGCUGCCUGAAAUAGACUUGGAAGGAUUGUUCUCUGAUAUUGAUGAUGUCCUAAGUGUUUCCAGACAUUUACUGACAGGCCUUGAAGCCUCUGCAAACCAGAAACAUGAACAGCUGUUUCAUAUCAGCUCCUUAUUCCAAGAGCUCAAAGAGGAGAUGGAGAAUGUCUACAAGGUUUAUUGUGGCAACUAUGAUCAAGCUCUUCUCCUGCUGGACAUUUACAGAAAGGACCCAAGACUACAAAAAGAAAUUUUGGAUACCCUGCAAUGUACAGUGCCUCACACUGGUGCUUCAGACUUGAGCUUCUUCUUGGUGAUGCCAGUACAACGGGUCACAAAAUACCCACUACUGCUGCAGAAGAUUUUGGAAAACACCCUGGACAGUGACAGCGCUUAUGAAGCCCUUUCAGCUGCAACUAAGGCUAUGGUAGAGGUCAAUGCCAACAUCAAUGAGUACAAAAGACGCAAGGAAGUAGCAGACAAAUACAACAAAGCUGGGUAUCUGACACUGCGGGAGCGCCUGGCCCGGCUGAAUACCCAUUCAGUCGCCAAGAAGACCACACGACUGAGCCGUCUCUUUAUGCACGAGGCCGGAAUUAUACCUAAGACGGAGGACAAGGAGUUUGAUGAUUUGGAAGAGAAGUUUCAGAGGUUGGCAUCGGGUAUAGCUGAUCUGAAGGAGAAUGUGGCAUCUUUCCUGAGCUACACAGAGGUGUUCCUUGGCUCUAAACCCCAUGAGAAUGAGCUGGACAUAGAAGAAGGGACUAGACAUCAGUGUUGCCGUCUUGCAGGAAAACUCAACAGCAGCAUCUUGCCUGAGUUUAAGAAACGCCUGGAACACCUGGUGUAUCUGCCACUGUGCAAUCUGUCAGAGACUCUGAAGGGGCCUCAAAAACUGAUCAGGAAGCGCUUACACAAACUGCUGGACUACGAGGAACUCGAGGAGAAGAGGAACGAGACAGGCAGUGUGACGUACGAGGAGGAGGCUGGCAUGAAUACCUAUCUUGCCAUUAAUGCCUUGCUGGUGUCUGAACUUCCUGUAUUCAACCUCGUGGCCCUGAAGUGGCUGGGGCAGAUUCUGCAUAGUUUUGUGGUUCUUCAGAGGGAUCUGGCCAAGCAAGUUCUUCAAGAGGCAGAAGGGGAGAUUCCUCAGCUGCCACACCGGCACCUUCCUGAAGCUGAUUUCUGGAAAAUGGUGAAAGAUACAUUAAGCCAGGCUGAAAAUCAGCUUUAUUCCUUCUCCAGGAAAUUUGAGAGUGUUAUGCCGAGCCCAGUUGUGCAGCCUCUCAGCCCUGCAGAGGAGAGGAGGGUUUUUUUGCUCGUGAAUAAGCAUGGGCCAAAUAAGCUCUACCAAGUUACAAGCAACAUCAGUGGCAGCAAAGAUAUGGACCUGACUCUUCAGAGGGGGCAGAUUGUAGCUCUUCUUCAUGACAUGGACACCAAAGGCAACAGUAAUCGAUGGCUGGUGGAUGCUGGAGGGCCAAGAGGCUACAUCCCGUCUGGGAAAGUCCAGCCAUAUCAUCUAGUCCACAACCAAAAGUCCAAGAUGGAGACACUGGCUCCAAAUGAUGGGGCCGAGAGGAGACGUCAUUCUUACAAUUCACCCGAGACUCCCAGCCCACCCAUCAAUUUCGUUACACCAACUUUCCAGGUGGUGGCUGGCUACGCAUUCACAGCCAGGAACAAUCAUGAGGUCAGCUUGAGACCAGGCCAGCCGGUAACGGUCCUGGAGCCCUAUGAUAAGAAGGGGAGCAAAGAGUGGAGCCUGGUAGAGGUGAAUGGACAGAGGGGCUACGUGCCUUCCAGCUACCUAGUGUCAGUGCCUGCUCCAGAACCGCCCGGAUGGAGCUCACCUGCAUGGCCACUUCCAGCUCAGCAGACGUAACA